UCAACCUUAUCAACCUAAUUAUUGUUGAUGUAUGUCCCACAGAACUCUGAUCGGAGAUGUGCAGGAUGAGUGUGUGAGUGAUGGUGACAACCAGUUGGCUUCACCUUCAGAUGAGGAGCCUAAUCCCUUGCCAGCGCCAGUAAGUUGUCAACCUAAUUAUUGUUGAUUUAUGUCCCACAGAACUCUGAUCGGAGAUGUGCAGGAUGAGUGUGUGAGUGAUGGUGACAACCAGUUGGCUUCACCUUCAGAUGAGGAGCCUAAUCCCUUGCCAGCACCAGAGGUGGUCACACCCUCGACCCCUGAUGGCAAUGUAAGCUCAGAGAGUAGUCUAGUUUGUAGUCUGGCCCACUCGCAACUGAUCUCCUGUUGUACUUUGACUGAUGAGUUCUCAGCAUUUGGACAUUAUGUGGCCGCAGAGCUCCGUAAAAUAACUGACCCGAUAACCCUGGCAGUGGCCAAGCACAAGAUCAGUGACAUUAUAUUUCAAGUGUCUGUCGGCCGUCCUGGCAUGAUUCCUCCCCCCUAAUGGCAUGCUGCUGCAUUGCUUGACGUGAAGUGAAGUGUUGUGCUGUCAACUAUAAUUUUUCUAGCUCAGUUGAAGCAUAAUCUGAGCAACCAAAAAAUUCAAGUUACCCCUCUCUCUAACUGUACGCAUUCGCUAGUCUCUUAACAAUAGGAAACUCUUAAAAUAUUGGAUAGUUGAAGUAAAAAACAUAUUUUAAUAAAAAAUUAGUAAUGCAAUUUUUUUGUUUUGUGACUCAAUUAAAAAAAUAAUAACUGAAAUAACAUGUUACCAAUAUGAUGAUAUAUUGUUACUUUAUUGUUAGCUCUGUAGUUUUCUUUGGGAUAUUUUAUAAAUACAGUAAUUUGAAAACAAUAAAAAUUAAGAGUUACAUUAUUUUGUAGGUAUUAAUUAACUUAGUGUAUACAAAUUACUUUUUUCUUAUGGUUAGGUUGCUUUUUUAGUCACAAAAGACUUUAAUAGGUUAUUUAGAAACAUAUCAGUAUUUUUUCCGCUUUGUCUUUAACGCAAUAAGCCUUCUUAAAUAACAUAUUUUUGUACUUAACUUUAUGGUAAUUAAAUGUAUUACUUUAUUAAUAUCUU